UGCCGCGGGUGCAGCAGGCAGGGAGGGAAGAAGGGAGAGCUGUGUGGCUGCCACCCUGCCCCUCCCCGGGGAUUACACAGGUCUCUUGGUGCGCUCAGCGUGGGCACUGCCGAGGAACUGAGGCACACGCACGUCCUCGCUCGAGGGAGGAUGCUCAGGGCACACACACAGAGCAGCCUCGGCGCAUGGCCCGCUGCUCGUGCCGCUGCCCGGUGCUGUUGUCGCUGUCACGGGGUGCCUGGCGGCUCCCCGUGCGUUUCGCUCCCUUCCCUUGUGGCAGAGCCCCACGGCCCGUCCUGGGGUGCGGGCACCCGCCACAUCCAGGUGGUGCCGUCACGGCGUCAGUAUUUUAUCGCGGGGGGGGGAAAGGGGGGAAGAAAAACCGGCUUCGUCGGGGCGACAACGUGCUCGGUGUCACAUCAUGUCACAACCGCCGCCGCUGCUGGUCGGGAUCCGCCACCGGACCCCAAACUGGGCUCUGGGGUUGGUUUUUACCGUCUCCACCCCCGGGGCCGGCGGUCCGCCCAGGCGCGGCGCGGGGGGCGGCUUUGUCUGGCGCGGGCGCGGCGGUGGCGCAGCCCGUCGGGGCGGGGGGCGCAGCCCGUCGGGGCGCGCAGCCCCGCUCGUAGCGGGACCGGGGCCGCCGCGCCGCUGCCCGGAGCCGCUGCCCGGUACCGCCGGGCUUCCGGGUGCCGGGCUCCCCGCCGCCGCCUCCGGCUCCUCCAUGUUUGUUGUCGGCAGCGCUGUCCAGCCGCUGCCGCCGCGCUCCCGCAAGAUAGUCGGCACACAAAGCUGGUCCCAGAUUUGAGCGACGACGAGACACCCUGAUGUGUGAGCCUGGGGCGCGCCAUGGAUCUGACUAAGAUGGGGCUGAUCCAGCUGCAGAACCCCUGCCACCCCACCGGGCUGCUGCACAAAGCCAACCAGAUGCGCCUGGCGGGGACGCUGUGCGACGUGGUCAUCAUGGUGGACAGCCAGGAGUUCCACGCGCACCGGACCGUGCUGGCCUGCACCAGCAAGAUGUUCGAGAUCCUCUUCCACCGCAACAGCCAGCACUACACCCUGGACUUCCUCUCGCCAAAGACGUUCCAGCAGAUCCUGGAGUACGCGUACACCGCCACCCUACAAGCCAAGGUCGAGGACCUGGACGACCUGCUCUAUGCUGCCGAGAUCCUGGAAAUAGAGUACCUGGAGGAGCAGUGCCUGAAGAUCCUGGAGACUAUACAGGCUUCUGAGGACAAUGACACCGAGGUCGCCAUGGCUGAUGGAGGUGCCACCGCCACCACUGAGGAGGAGGAGGAGAGGAAGUCAAGGUACAUCAAGGGCCUCUUCAUCUCCAAGCCCACUGGGGAGGAAGGUGGCUAUGCUGGCACGGCCAGCCAGAGUCUGCCAGCAGCCACAGUGGAGGAGAGCCCCUCUGCCUCCGCAUCCUACUGCUCCCUCUCUUCCAUGAGCCCCACCAAGGCGGCGGUGGACAGCCUGAUGACCAUCGGGCAGUCCCUGCUGCAGGGUGCCCUGGCUCCCAGUGCCCCUGAGGACUCACGCUGUGCCACCGCCCGCCGCCCCUCUGGCCUCACCGAAGUCAAAACUGAAGCGAUGCAGGUGGAUGAGGCCUCCAGCCAUGACAGCCCCCGGACGGCCGAGCCCGGUGCCUCCAGUGGGGAGAAGCCUGACGAGAAGGGCAAGGAAGGACCUGGCACCCCGACCCGCAGCAGUGUCAUCACCAGUGCCCGUGAACUGCACUACACCCGUGAGGAGGGUGCCGAGCCACCCCUUGAGCCUGGCCAGGGGCUGCCGCUGGGGCCGGAGCCAUCCGCCACUGCCCCGGGAGAGAAGCCCUUGGGCAUCUACUCCCUGCUGCCGAACCACAAGACUGAGCCGGUGCUCGGCGUGCCGCCCACCGUGGCGUCCGCCCUGCACGUGCAGCCGGCCCUGGCUGUCUCCAUGGACUUCAGCGCCUAUGGCGGGCUGCUGCCCCAGGGCUUCAUCCAGCGGGAGCUGUUCAGCAAGCUGGGGGAGCUGGCAGCUGGCAUGAAGACAGAGAGCAGAGCCCUGGGCGAGCAGUGCAGCGUGUGUGGGGCAGAGCUGCCGGACAACGAGACCCUGGAGCAGCACAGGAAGCUGCACAGUGGGAUGAAGACGUACGGAUGUGAGCUGUGCGGGAAGCGGUUCCUGGACAGCUUGCGGCUGCGAAUGCACUUACUGGCUCACUCAGGCUUGACAGAUUUUGUUUCCUGUCGAGCGGCGGCGGUGGCGAAGCCCCCCCGGUUGCCAAGGAGCCGCCUCCCCGCACCGUCACGGGCUGAUUUGGUAUUCCGCGCGGCGCCCCGCCGCAUUUCUGUAUGCAAGACAAAGUGUUUUGAUGGAGGACGAUUGCAGGAGUGUCUGGAGGCUGUUUGGAGUUUUAUGGGCUGUGCAGUACGCGCCGUGCUCGCUCGCCGUGCGGGGCUGCCAGGGAUGGGGUCUGUCAUUUUUUCCCUGUGGAGAGGAUGCUGCUGGAAAGAGUGGCACUGGCAGGGGCAGCAGGAAAGAGGGUUGUGUAAAAACCUGACAGUUUGGGAUCCUAAGUUGAUGAUUAUAAUUAAUAAUUUUAAUUAUUAUUUUUUAAAUGAAAAGGUUUCUGUGUGGUGCAGGAGUUGGUGGCGCUGCCUGGCCAGGGUUGGGUGAUGGUGUUGCUGCUGACCACCACCCCACCCAUCCCCAGGCCCCUGCUCCAAAACUCCAGGUGCUUUCCCAAGGCUCUCCAGGGCAGCCCGUGAGAGGCUGCCCCAGCAUCCUUCUCACACGAGCUUCCAGCAAUCCAACUCAGGGUCCCUCCUCAUUCUGUAAUGCCCACACCUCACUUUUUCUGAUAUUAAUUUUUACCUUUCCAUGGCACUUUGGGAAGCAGGAGCUGAAGCUGACUCUCCAGGCCUGCUCUGCAGCUCUUGUCUUCCUUCAGCCCUUCUUGGGUUUCUCCACUGUGUUUUUUAGCACAGAGAUUUGUAUGACUUGUCUCUUCCACUUGGGUGAAAUAGGAGAGAAAGGAAAUAAUAAUAAUAAUAAUAAUAAUAAUAAUAAUAAUAAUAAUAAUAAUAAUAAUAAUGGCAAUAAUACAAAUCCAAAAGUGGCUUGAUGUGGGCAAAAGAAGAAAACAAGAGAAUGGGAUAGAGAACAGGCUAAAUUUAAAAUUGUAAUUGGCUGACUUCCACAGGCUUGCGGGUGUUUUAAUGACUCAUAAUAACUUCAUUUAAAACCAGCUGAGCAGAAAAUAGAUUGGAGAGGAGCCUCAGGCCAUUAUGGAUUUGUUUUUUUUUUUGACAAGCUCUGUUUUCGGCAGCCAGGAAGGCACUCGCAGAGGGCUCGGCUGCUGCGCUCCCCGAGUUGGUGGUCUGCCCGGCAGAGAUUGUAUAGAAGCUGGGCUGGCUCUUCUCUUUUUUUCCCUUUUUUUUUUUCACUGAUUAAAAAUAGAUGCCUUGAGGUAUUAUUUUAGCAUCACUGUGGUUUGGUGCUUUUUUCUUUGCACUUCUGAUGUGGUAAACGGAACAUAAAUAAAAUUGUUUUUGAAAUUACUGAAUUAAUUAGGUAGUAAAGCAACGGCAGUGCAUAAAUUUUCUUGCCGAUUUUUUUUUAAUCCAUAUUUCCCCCCCAUUUCCAUCUCACCAAUUACAGCCUGUUAACAAUAUAUAAUCCCAAAUUUUUAUUAAUCCCUUCUGCUGAGGGAGGGGAUGUCACAUUCUAUUGACGGGGCCAUUGUGCUGAAACAGCAGUGGGGAAGGUUGGAUCCUCCCCCACCACUCUCCUCACCAAUUUCCCAUCUUCCUUUUCCCUUAGCCAUCCUCCUCCUCCUCCAGAGGAUGCUGGCAGUCCCUCUUUUCCCUUUAUUCCUUCUCUUUUCCUGAGCUAGAGUUCAGAGAACCUCUUCCAUAGCCCCACGGAAGUUUCUCCUCCCCAAUAAAGUAGUGAAAUGAUGGGCAUUGGGAAGGACUGUUGGGAUGAUGGUGGCUGAAACAAGAUGAGCUCUGUUAUCCAACCCGCUGGGCUAAGCCUGGCUGGUUGGGAGGGAGCUGCAGCCCCUGCCUGUGCCAUGAUCCACAGGGCAUCCCACUCCCGAGGGCCCGGCAGCCUGUUCCCUCACGUUUCUUGGAGGGGAAAUUAAAUAGUAGAAUCAUAGAACCAUUAAGGUUCAAAAAGAUCUCCAAGAUCAUGCAGUCCAACCUGAAUUCUGCCCCUCCUUGUGGCUUUGCUGGGGGUACGGCAGACCUGGGCAGCUCCAGCCUUGCUUGGGGGGCACGUGGGGCAGCAAUGACUGCGUAAAUCGCGCAGGAUGGAACAAGCAGCAGCUCCUCACCCGUUUGUACCAGGGACCUUUAUUAGGCAGAGGCUAUAAAUUUGCUUGUGCGGGUAUAAAUGUACAGCAGGGGGGCUGGUGCCAACAGCAAGGCUCGCACCGAGACGCGGCCGAUACUUGGCAGCACGCGGAGUCCCGUCCCGUCGAUACGAUCAUCUGGAGGUAUCUGUGUGUUGUAGGCGAUACGAGGCGCUGGCUAAAUAUACCCUGCCUAAACCUGCGCCUGCGUUCCGGGAGGUUGAUGGUUUCUGUUUAAAGCGGGGAGAGAGACAAGGGGGGAGAAGAGAGCCCCGCCAUGAGCUCCGCUUUCCAACGUGUCCUGCUCCCUUUCAUAACAAACAGCAAGCCGUGGUGGUUUUUUUCUGAGCCUUGUUAUAAUAAGCUCAGAUGUUGGAUGACAUUUUCCCGGUGACUCACAUAGUAAAAUUAACCUUGAACUAUUUACAUAUUCAAUCGCCGCCCUCCUCCUCCUCCCCCUCCCCGCCGGCGUGUGUACAUUACAGGAAUUCUGGCUCCGUAUCAGUUUUUGUUUUGCUGAUGAGAAAAGAAAAAAAAAAAAAUUCCCCCCGCCUGGAGUACACAUCUACUUGAGGGAAAGAACACGCAGUCCUGGCCUUUGGAAAUUGGCAGGCGGCGUGCUGUUCCCGCGCUGAUAAGAGGUACUGUAAAUAAAACUGUACGGCAGCGCCUGCUGUAAAUGCCCCGCGUCUGUACUCAUUGUUCUGACAGCUCCGGCUUUUUUUGGGUCCGCUGUUUUGGUACACACUGUGCUUCCUUAUGUAAGCCAGUGCGCCCGGCUCCUCCCUGCGUUCGCCCUGUUUAUUUUCGCCUCGCCAGGAAUUUUUCCUCUCCCCCCUCCGCCCGCCCCCCAGCCAGAUGCUGGCUGCCUUUGCCUCGCCUGGCUGUGCCUCCCUGCGUCUCUGCGGCCCCUCCGGCCGCCGCUUUCGGAGGGCACUGGCACGUCCUUCCUCCCUACUAAUCCCAUGUGGAAAUGGGGGAAGUAAAAGCAAAGCCCGCGUUUAGCAGGACCGCGCUCUGUCUCAGGCUGCGGGUGCAGCAAUCCCCCCCAAGCACGGAAUGCCCGCUGGCGCCGGUGCACAGCCGCAGGGAGGGGGCACACACCGGCAGCCGCCCUGCCCGGGGAGAACCUGUUGCUGCCACAGUUGUUGCAUCCUCACGGAUCUGGGUUGCCAUAUCCUCGUGGAUCGCACUUUGCUGCGAUGGGGCCGGCGGAGCUUUGAGUGGCGAUGGAGAGCCAUUGCCUUGGCAACUGCCGGCUGCGCAUUGCCCGCACCGUGCGCCGAGCUGAGGGCAGCCCGCGCUGCUGCUCUAUCGAUCCGGCCCCUCGCCGCCCCGGCGGCUUCUCCCCAUCCCGGCAUCUCCAUGCACGCACUCUUUCCCUCCCUGCGUGCCUGGAGAGGGUUCCAGCAGCACCUGCGUCCCAGUGCCCCUCAUCCCUGAUGGCGCGUGGUCCCCUGGCAGGUGUGAGGGAGCCACCCUGGAGCACCCCAAAGUUUGGGUGUGUUUGCCCCUUUGGAGCAGCUGACUGCCCAGGUGCACCCGGGUUGUUUUGAAUGCAAACUUGACAUCGCAGCGAGGGCGGCAGGGAACAACAUAUGCACAGUAAACAGGCAGACUGUCAUAUUGAUUAACAGAUGAGACCUCUAUUAUCGAUCAGCUCUUGGCGAGAAAAUUUAUCACUUUUAAUUUCGCCGCUGCCAAAUAUUUCUGCCUGCGAGCCAGCCGUUACUGAGACAAUUUAAAGGCAAAGGAAUUCUCUUUUCAAUGUGUCUUGUGAUACCUCUCUUCCUAUCACCUUCUCUACCCACCUUUCCCCAAAUCCCUGAUUGUGGGACAGAGGGCUUGGUGAGGUAGGAAGGAGAGGGGAGAGGCAGUGUGGACCCCUGAAAAGGGGCAGCACAACAUUCUGCAAGGUAAUGCCCCACCUUGAAUGCUGCUCUGUAACAUUCAGCUCCUCACAACAUAUGAAUCAAACCUUGAAAUGGGGCCGUGGCUUUGUCCCAAACAAUGCUGUUGGAUAUUUGUGUGUCAUUAAUCUGAUUUCAUUUGGA